AGGCAUCCCCCCCCUCCGAUUAUUCAAAAACAAUCUUACCCAAAGAAGAACCAAAACAAUAAGGCGAAACGCUUUGGAUUUUUUUCUUUUAUUCAUUUCGUCGAACAGUGAUAACAUGAGCUUUCGAGGCCGAAAUAGAUCUAGAAAUCAUUCCCAAAGCACUCGUCAAGAAUGGGUUCCUAGAGGCUCUUCUUCAUCUACAACCACCACCACCUCCGCUAGCAAUUCACCAGCCGCCCCCAAUGUCAACCACGCCUCUACUCGAAAUGAUGAUUAUAGGAAUAGGCAAAGUGGUCGGCCCACCAACCAAAGGAGAGGGAGAGAAAAGGGAAGUGGUGAGAAUCUUGUGGCAGUGAGGAAGGAAAUUGAUCCGAAUUUGCCACAGCUUGUGAAGGAAAUUCAGGACAAGCUUAUAAAGAGCACGGUUGAAUGUAUGAUUUGUUAUGAUAUGGUACGGAGAUCUGCCUCCAUUUGGUCGUGCUCGAAUUGUUACUCCAUUUUUCACCUCAAUUGUAUUAGGAAGUGGGCUAGGGCGCCCACAUCUGUUGAUUUAGUGGCUGAGAAGAAUCAAGGUUUCAAUUGGCGUUGUCCGGGCUGUCAAUCUGUGCAGUUGACAUCCUCUAGGGAGAUAUUUUAUGUUUGCUUUUGCGGGAAGCAGAUAGACCCACCUUCAGAUUUGUAUUUGACACCACAUUCAUGUGGGGAGCCAUGUGGAAAGCCGCUUGAGAAGGAGCUAGGACUAGGUUCUGGGGUGAUGAAAGAUGAGCUUUGUCCUCAUGUAUGUGUUUUGCAGUGUCACCCUGGUCCUUGCCCUCCUUGUAAGGCGUUUGCUCCGCCACGGUUGUGUCCUUGUGGGAAGAAAGUUAUUACAACCAGAUGCUCUGAUAGAAAGUCAGUUCUUACCUGUGGUCAGUGCUGUGAUAAACUUCUUGAGUGUGGGCGUCAUAGGUGUGAGCGGAUAUGCCAUGUGGGAGCUUGUGAUCCUUGUCAGGUUGUAAUCGAUGCCCCUUGUUUCUGCAAGACAAGGCUUGAGAAUGUAAUCUGUGGAUACAUGGCUUUGAAGGGGAAAGUGAAAGCUGAAGACGGUAUCUUUUCUUGUGGGUUAACUUGUAGAAAGAAACUUAGAUGUGGUAAUCAUAACUGUCCCGAGAUUUGCCAUCCUGGUCCUUGUGGGGAUUGUCAGUUAAUGCCAAGCAAGAUCAAGUCUUGUUACUGUGGGAAAACAAGCUUGCAGGAGCCAAGGCAAAGUUGUCUGGACCCAAUUCCAACUUGUUCAGAGAUAUGUGCCAAGUUCCUUCCUUGUAAAAUGCACCAAUGUGACCAAAUGUGUCAUGCAGGGGAUUGUCCACCUUGUUCAGUUCUUGUCACCCAAAAAUGUCGAUGUGGAUCAACUUCUCGGAGGGUAGAGUGCUACAAAACAACACUUGAGAAUGAGAGAUUUACAUGUGACAAGCCUUGUGGGAAGAAGAAGAAUUGUGGCAGACAUCGAUGUAGUGAACGAUGCUGUCCUCUCUCAAGUUCAAAUAAUCUUUGGUCCGGCGAUUGGGAUCCACACUUUUGCCAAAUGUCUUGUGGGAAAAAGCUGAGGUGUGGGCAGCAUUUUUGUGAAUCUCUUUGUCACAGUGGUCACUGUCCUCCAUGCUUGGAAACAAUCUUCAACGAUUUGGCAUGUGCUUGUGGAAGAACUUCAAUCCCUCCUCCAUUGCCUUGUGGCACGCCACCUCCUUCUUGUCAACUUCCAUGCUCGGUUCCACAGGCUUGUGGUCAUUCAUCUUCUCACAUCUGCCACUUUGGAGAUUGUCCACCAUGUUCUGUGCCUGUGGCGAAGGAGUGCAUUGGAGGACAUGUUGUUCUUAGGAAUGUUCCGUGUGGAUCAAAAGAUAUUAGAUGCAACAAACUUUGCGGCAAGACCAGACAGUGUGGUUUGCAUGCAUGUGGUAGAACAUGUCACCCAGCACCAUGUGAUACCUCUUCUGAAGCUCAACCGGGCUUCAGGACUUCUUGUGGGCAGGCAUGCGGUGCCCCAAGGAGAGACUGCAGGCACACAUGUACUUCACCUUGUCAUCCCUCUGCACCUUGUCCCGAUGUUAGGUGUGAUUUUCAAGUUACAAUCACAUGUUCUUGUGGCCGGAUAACUGCAACUGUUCCUUGUGAUGCUGGGGGCUCCACUAGUAGUUUCAGUGCUGAUACAGUUUUUGAAGCUUCUAUUAUUCAAAAAUUGCCAGUGCCCCUUCAACCAGUGGAAUCAACUAACAAGAAGAUUCCUCUUGGACAAAGGAAGCUUAUGUGUGAUGAUGAAUGUGUUAAGUUGGAGCGCAAACGGGUUCUUGCAGAUGCAUUUGACAUUACUCCACCCAACUUGGAUGCUCUUCAUUUUGGUGAGAAUUCAGUUACAUCCGAGAUACUUUCUGACCUAUAUAGGCGUGAUCCGAAGUGGGUUCUAGCUAUAGAGGAGAGAUGUAAGUUUUUGGUACUUGGCAAGAGCAGAGGAACAACAACCAGUCUCAAAGUUCACGUGUUCUGCCCAAUGCUGAAGGAUAAAAGAGAUGCCAUCAGGAUAAUUGCAGGAAGAUGGAAGCUUGCUAUCGGUGCCGCUGGUUGGGAGCCCAAGCGUUUUAUUGUCGUUCAUGUUACUCCCAAAUCCAAACCACCACCUCGGAUCAUUGGAGUUAAGGGGUCAAUCAGUGCCGGGGCACUACAUCCACCUGUAUAUGAUUCUUUGGUAGACAUGGAUCCAAGACUUGUUUCCUUCCUGGAUUUGCCCCGUGAAGCUGACAUAAGUGCAUUGGUUUUGAGAUUUGGUGGGGAGUGCGAACUAGUUUGGUUGAACGACAAGAAUGCAUUGGCUGUGUUCAGUGAUCCGGCUCGCUCUGCAACAGCAAUGAGGAGAUUGGAUCAUGGCUCAGUUUAUAAUGGGGCUGUUGCGUUUGUUCAGAGUGGUGCAUCAUCAGGAGCAUCGUCUGCUAAUAAUGCAUGGGGGGGAGCAGGAACAAGCUCAGCUUCAAAGGCAAAUCCAUGGAAAAAGGCUGUAGUCCAGGAGCUCAGGUGGAAGGACGACUCAUGGGGCGGUGAAGAGUCUGUUGGUGUCCCUUCUGAUCUGGGGUCUGUAUGGAAAGGCAAGGAACCUCCGAUUGCAGCUUCAGUUAAUCGAUGGAGCGUUCUUGAUUCUGAAACAGGCGUAAACUCCUCCUCGGGAGCAUUUCGAACUGAAGAUUCUCCAAAGCCAGCCGGAGUUCUAACCAAUUCAGAAAUGGAUUCUGGAGCUACCAAUUCGAACUCAGCUAGUCUGUCUGGUGGGGGUUUUAAUGAAUCCAAGCCGUUGGAGGUUGUAGAUGAUUGGGAGAAUGCCUGUGAAUGAGAAAUAUAGCAUUAGCCAGGGAGAUGGCUCUGUCCGGUUUCGUUUACAAAUGGUAGGAACAACUGUGGUUUUGAUUUUCUUGUCUACUUUAUGCCGAACAGCGUCGCAUAGGUCUUGAGUAUAAUCUUU